AUGCUUCCUCUCUUCAACAAGUGCUUCUCGCUUGAUCAAGGUGCUUCCUCUCUUCAUCAUGCAGCUUCCUCUCUUGAUCAAGAUGCUUCCUCUCUUGAUCAAGAUGCUUCCUCUCUUGAUCAAGGUGCUUCCUCUCUUCAUCAAGGUGCUUCCUCUCUUCAUCAUGCAGCUUCCUCACUCCAUCAUGCAGCUUACUCUCUUCAUCAAGGUGCUUCCUCUCUUGAUCAAGAUGCUUCCUCUCUUCAUCAAGGUGCUUCCUCUCUUGAUCAAGAUGCUUCCUCUCUUCAUCAAGGUGCUUCCUCUCUUCAUCAAGAUGCUUCCUCUCUUCAUCAAGGUGCUUCCUCUCUUCAUCAAAGUGCUUCCUCUCUUCAUCAAGGUGCUUCCUCUCUUCAUCAAGGUGCUUCCUCUCUUCAUCAAGGUGCUUCCUCUCUUCUUCAAAGUACUUCCUCUCUUCAUCAAGAUGCUUCCUCUCUUGAUCAAGGUGCUUCCUCGCUUGAUCAAGGUGCUUCCUCUCUUCAUCAUGCAGCUUCCUCUCUUCAUCAAGAUGCUUCCUCUCUUCAACAAAGUGCUUCCUCUCUUCAUCAAGGUGCUUCCUCUCUUGAUCAAGGUGCUUCCUCUCUUCAUCAAGGUGCUUCCUCUCUUCAUCAAGGUGCUUCCUCUCUUGAUCAAGAUGCUUCCUCUCUAA